CUCGACAGCUCCAGCAUCCAACCACAACGACAAUUCGAUACUUCGCCAGUGCUAACAUAGCUUCACCUUUAUACGACAUGAUCUUAUGAUCACGAACUCGAAGGUUUCAUCCACGUUGUGCUGUUGACAAUAGCUCGACGCGCAUUGUUUUGAUUUGAGAUCAUGGCGACGAUGCGAGCAAACCCGCGACUACAGGUCGGAUCAACAUCAUGGAUAACAGAAGAACGGACUGCUGCGCUACAGUUAGUGAACGCAGAAGCUGAAGAGUUUAGCUUUUCUGCGCGAAACGAUGUCGAUUGGCUGAAUGAGCAUAUGGCUGAGAUAUUCAGCAAAAACCAGGUAAACGUCGCGGAAAUCUUCAAAACACCUGGCAAGCUACGCGGAAAGACACCACGAACAGCUCGAAAGGCCAACCCCUUGGAGGCGCGCCCACCAUUAUCAGAUGUCUUUUCAGCGACACCACGAGGAGUCCCGAGUCCAUUCAAACAAGCGCAUUUCGAACGAUCAGUUGCUACAUUUCAAGUAGCUGAAGAUCUACCAACACCGGAAGAGGAGGAGCCUGUUCUAAGCGCAACCGAACCAGCACAACCGUCCCCGCCGAAGCCUCCCGUCCACAAUACCCAAGAUUCAGGUUACCAUGGCAGCCAAGCGGAUGAGGCAGCCUACCAUAUUCAGCCAGCAGCUCACCAACCGACACCGAGAGUAUCCCCAGCACGAGUGUCUCUGAAAUCUCCUCCUAAGGCUCCCGAAACGAUUGAAUCCGAAGAUGAUGAUACAAAUGUGGUCAUAUUGGGUCGGGACUCAGAGGAACGGGAAACAACAGCAACAGAUGGAUCAUUCCACUCUGCUAAAGAGGAGCAGACGCGGAAGUUAGCAGAAGUCGCGCCAGAGCCAGAAGUUGAUAAGCCCAGCCAUGAGCUGGAACAGAUUUCACAUCCGGUUCUCGAGUCACCACUUCAAAACCGUUACCAACCCCCACCAUCACCACAGAAACACUCGCCUGCGCGACCUACGCCGGCAAAAUGCUCUCCACCAAAACCGUUACCUGUCCCUGUUGAACAAUUGUCCCAACCUCUCUCAGUCGAAGAAGACGAGCAAAUGCACGAUGUUCAGUCUCCAUCCGAAGGAUCGAGCCCAAUCAGACCUAUUCGCAAGAAGAGCAGCUUCAGCUUUGCAUCUUUACCCGCUCGAGAGCCGCUCACAACGAAGCAGAGUAUUGGCAACCGUGUUUCGCGCACCAGCCAUAUCGAUCCAUCGAGGACUAGCUACUUCGGUCGAUUGACAGGAGGAAAGAGUCUAGGGAAUGCCAGACAAGAGGAUAGAGACGAAGAUGAUAUGGAUAUUGAUGAACUCAAUGGCCCGGAAGCUAGAGAUGACACUGAUUCCAAGAUGACUCGUCUUCAUAACAAAACCUCCACCCAAAGACUUCAAGAUCAGAUUAGCAUGCUUGGGAAAUCCCAAUCCAAUGUUCGACCAUCAAAAUCGAUUGCAAAUGCGGCUCCCGUUCAACCAGAACCUGUCCAGGCCAGCCACCCUCCAACAACUCAUGAGACACGACAAAAGUCGCCUCUCCGCAAAGAACGCCCUCCGCCGACACCCGGAGCCUUCCCUGAAGAUGAAGACAGCUGGAUUGGACCCCCGAAUGCUGCGGCGGCCGAACCAUCAAUUUUCAGUCCUCGUCCUCAAAUGCCCAAGAGUCAUUCUACAGAUGUAAUGGAGGGCAUCCAUGGGAAGGAUAGCAUUGGUGGCGCUCAGUUCAACAUUCCAAAACGAGGAGACCAGCAUAGAAAAUCUCCUGUCCGAGAGCCUGUCAUUCCAGAAAGAACAACGAGCACUCUUGGUCACAUCAAAUCAGUGUCUACUUCAGUUCUCAGAUCUCCCAAGAAAGCAGGCUCUCCUGGACAUAAGCAGGCUAUCUCUGUUUCCAACCCAAAUCCAUCGAUCGGCUCAAACGAACUGGAAUCUACAACUCCGCCGAAGUCUCCUUCCCGAAGCUAUAGAGGAAGCCCAUUGAAAGCAGCAAAGGACAAGUUCUCUUCUAUUUUGAAGACUUCGAGAGGCUUGUUUGCUAGCAGCGCUGCCGUCAGUGCUGAAGCCAAAUCCUCGACACUAUCUCCAGUCAGCACGCGCCUGGGCAUAAACCAUGCACCCUCUUUCGAAGAUAUUGUUUCGCAGUCCAGCAAAAGUCCUUCCUAUCCGAGCCUGGAUCACCAUAACGAGAGAGUACCAGACAGCCCAGGUAAAGCCAGCUCCCGAAAGACUCGAGCAUCAACAGAGCGGGAAGAACGACGAAAACACGAAGAGGCCAGAGAAGCUAAGGAGGCGAAGGAAGCACUAAAGAUGGCUGAUCAACUCGAAAAGGCCCGGAUGAAGGUCAAGGAAGAAGCAAGAGUCUUUCACCUUGAGAAAGAGCGAGUUGUUGCGAUGCAGAAAGAGGUUGCAGCCCGUAAAGAGAAAGAAGCCCAAGCCAAGGCAAGCCAUGUUGAAGUCCCGAGAGCAACUCGAACCAGCCCUCGCAAGACCAAGGCGCAAUUGGAGGCUGAGGGAAUUGCUGCAGCUGCCGCUAGUGUGGAUGAACUCGCUGGGAGAGAUGUUGAGAUGUCAGAUGCUUCUCACGCUAUGCCCCCACCGGCAAUUCCUCGACCAAAGUCUCAAAUUGGUCGGCCUGGAGCAAAGCGACCACUCAAACCGGCAAAGGAACCUCACACAAAGGCCAAGCCUCCCACGGUCAUCAGAGUCGACACGGGUUCUCAACGUGGCCACCAAUAUCAUCCAUCGAACUCAACGCUUGCUGCAUCUUUGCAAGACUCGCUGGCAUCUUCCCAACAGCCUACCCCAUCUCAAGGUUUGAGACACAAGGCCAGUACUAGCUCUAUUCAAAGCAAGGCAUCCACGAGCAGCUUCAAAUCUGCUGCUACCAAAGCAUUGGAGGCUGCCGCAAAAAAGAAAGAGCAGGAUGAACUUGCUGCGCAACGUAAGAAGGAGGCUAAAAUGGAGAUUGAGCGACAACGUGCUGUCAUCAAGGAGGAAGAGCGCCGCAAAGAAGAACAGCAGCGCCGACAGGAAGCUGAGCGCAUGAAGGAGUUGCAGCGUGAGAAAGAACGUGCAGCCGCUGCAGCAGAUGCAAAGAAAGCUGCUUCUCGACAGGCAAUUGAGAAGAGAAGACUUGAGAUGGAGAAGGCCAAGGAGACCAGAGCCCCACCACCAGCAGUCCGACCACAGCCGAGUGGUGAUCUCACGCAUGCAAUGCUCCAGGAGAAGGCACUGCCACCCGUCCCGGUCCCGCGCGCCGAAUUGGCACAAUCAAAGCCACCGCGAAUGGUGAACGCUCCUGCUCAACGGCCCCAACCUCAAGAGGAUCUUGGCCGUUCAGUCAGCUCUACAUUGCAAAACACCACCAAGGCACCUCCCAAGAGACCCCUCCAACAAGAGUCAGAAGACCAUCACCUUCGCCCUACAAUUCAGCGCAAUGGACCUUCUUAUCAACACAAUGAGCAGCAAUCCAAGCGCCGCAAGACGAGCCAAGAGUUUGAUGACGAUGAAGACAUGACUGAGCCCCAGCCGAAGAUGACUGCACCUCCCAUUAGGCAAUCUAGCAGCCGUCCAAAGGAAAUGCAAACCAAGUCGCUGUUUCCCAGUGGAUACGCCCCUGCGCCAGCUGCAGGUAACCUCCAGAGGUCAACUCUUAUCUCACAGCAUAAUAUGAACCAGGCAAAGGCCACACACCCCAUGGAUAUGGCGCAGGUUUCGAAGGCUCCAAUCCCUUUCGCAUCAAGCUCGAAUCAAGUCCAUAAUCAAAACCACAAGACUCCAGCUCGACCGGGUGCUCCGAAUGGCGGGGCUAAGUCAGGAGCGAAAUCGGCCGCGAAGUCAUCUCCACGAUAUCAAAACGGAGAGAAUAUUGAGCUGCCAGAGAUCCAUACGGACUCAGAGGAUGAGGAUUCUGCUGAUGAUAAUUUCGAUGCGCCUAGCUGGACGGAUUCUCCGGCUCUCCGAAAAGCGAUCGCCAGACAGGAGCCCAUAGACCCUGCGACAAUAUUCGGGCAGCCAGGGCCGCUGAACAUGGAGGAGGUGUUCAGUAAGAGUAAAGAUAGAUGGCACAAAUUCCGAGCCAGGACGUCCAGUGCCAAUUGGACUGGGCAGGAUCGAUUGACCGAGGAUGAGGUCAGAAGAGAUUUGGAGGGCAGAGAUAGAGUGAGAAGACAAGGAGGAUGGACGUAUGAUUCUAUGGUGUAGGAACAUGGAUGUGGGAAAGAAAUGAAUUAUGAACGAAGAUGGGGGCAGGACUGAAGAGGCUUUGGAAAAUGCAUACAUUAGAGAUGUUUUUGUAUUGUGUAGAUUCUUUGGAGAAGCAUGCAUUCAUUCAUCGUUAUGGUGUUUGGGGUACGGGGGAUGAAUGAAUGGGGUAUUGAUUGAUGCAUAGGAGCAAUGAAUACGAAUGAUUCUUCACUUUCUGAC